AUGGCGUCUACUCUUCUCUGGACUCUCUUCCUCUUCGCCAUCAUCUUCUCGCUUCAAUCCCACGGAGAAGAAGAAGAUACGCCGAUCACUCGAUUCCAGCAAUACCUGAGAUUCAUAACUGCUCAUCCAAAUCCUAACUACGCCGCCCCGGUCUCUUUUCUCGUUGAUCAAGCUAAAUCAAUCGGUCUCACAACUCAAACAAUCGAAUUCGUCUCAGGAAAGCCAGUUCUUCUCGUCACAUGGCUCGGCUCGAAUCCUAAGCUUCCUUCGAUUCUCUUCAACUCUCAUCUCGAUUCCGUUCCUGCGGAAGCCGAGAAAUGGAUCCAUCCGCCGUUCUCGGCUCACCGGACCGCCGAUGGUCAUAUAUACGCUCGAGGCGCGCAGGACGAUAAGUGUAUCGGAGUUCAGUACCUGGAAUCAAUCAGGAAUUUGAAAUCGAGAGGCUUCUCUCCUCUUCGUACUGUUCACAUCUCUUACGUUCCCGAAGAAGAGAUCGGUGGAUUUGACGGGAUGGAGAAAUUCGCGGCGUCGGCGGAGUUCACAGAGCUGAAUGUUGGAUUUGCGAUGGACGAAGGGCAAGCAAAUCCAGGAGAUGAAUAUAGGGUUUUCUUUGCUGAUCGGACUCCAUGGGAACUCGUUAUCCGAGCUGAAGGAAUCCCAGGUCAUGGAGCUAAGCUUUAUGAUAAUGGGGCUAUGGAGAAUCUGAUGAAAAGUGUUGAGUUGAUCUCUAAGUUCAGGGAGACGCAGUUCGAUUUCGUUAAAGCUGGGAAAGCUGCGAAUUCAGAAGUUAUAUCUGUGAAUCCAGUUUAUCUCAAAGCAGGAACUCCUUCCAACACAGGAUUUGUGAUGAAUAUGCAGCCUUCAGAAGCAGAAGCUGGGUAUGAUCUAAGGUUGCCUCCAAUGGCGGAUCCAGAUGCUAUGAAGAAGAGGAUUGCUGAGGAAUGGGCUCCUUCUAUUAGGAACAUGACCUUCACGAUAAAAGAGAAAGGAAAGUUAAGGGACUAUUUAGGACGACCUAUAAUGACUCCAACAAAUGGUUCUAAUCCAUGGUGGUCUACUUUCAAGCAAGCUAUUGAAGCAACAGGAGGAAAACUGGCAAAGCCUGAAAUUUUGGCCUCAACUACAGAUGCACGCUUUAUCCGCACUUUGGGAAUUCCACUUUUGGGUUUCUCACCAAUGAUCAAUACUCCUAUUUUAUUGCAUGAUCAUAAUGAGUUUCUUAAAGAUACAGUGUUCAUGAAAGGAAUAGAAAUAUAUGAAUCGGUUAUCAGCAUUCUAAGUUCCUUUGAGGGAGUAUCUGAUCAAGUGAUUUGA